AUGGAAGCGUUAAAAAAUCAUCACCAACUUUUUGAAUUACUACCGAAUGAAGUAAUUGUAAACACAUUUACAUUUGUAGACGCAGACACACUUUUCGAUUGCAGACUUGUGUGUAAACGAUGGAAAGAACUUAUAGAUAAAUACGCAUUUCAAGAAAAAGCUGCUCGAGAAAACAAAUUUAUGAAUGAUGGCCGAGGGUACUAUAGUUUCUCACAAAUCAAUUCAAAUUACAUUAGAAAACUGGAUUUACCGUGGUACGUGUUUUAUGUGAUAAUCAAAUAUGAUCCAUUCAACAGAAAUUUGGUGAAAAACCACUGUGGGCAGGACGGAUUGAACCAUUGGGGAAAUAUUACUAAUACAUUAUGGUCUAUGCCUGGCGAUUUUGAUAUGUUUAACUUUGUUGACAUGUCGUGUAUUCAACAAAUACCACAGGAAAAUCGUUAUGUUUUAUCCGAUCCAGAUUUUGAUGGAUAUACAAGUUGUUUUGUAAUAGAUUUUCAGUAUUUACGAACAAUAGAUCAAAAAAUUAUUUUUAAAGAUUAUGGAUUAAAUGAAAUCGUGAUGAAAACGCUUCGACCUAAAAUUUCAUUUAGUGCAUGGUAUUAUAGAGAUAACAGACAACUUAUCAGUUAUACGUUACGCGCCACUGUUCACAGUAGAACAAAUAAAAUCAUAGGUUUAUGUGAUAAUAUCGAUACUGGUCUACAAACGGAAUUUGGAUGGAAUAAAUAUAACAUAUUAUUUACUAAGUUAAUAUCACAUAACCACCAUCCAAAACCAUUGGAUGACACAACAUUCUGUGCCGUUAACAAUGCGAAAACUGACAUGAAGCUGUGCGCAAUUAGUAACAAAGAAAGUACAAAUAAAAUUCUUUUAUCAAUCGCACAUGGAUGUAACAGUACAGUUUGUUCUAAGUUGAGGAACUCUGAUGUUUUACGACGAACGAUAAGACAUGCACGACGUAUCUAUGCUCCUGACGAGCCCGAAAAUCUUAUUUUUUCAUUACCAGAUAAAUGGAAAACUACAAUGGGUGGCGAGGCAGCUGAUUUUCUAAUUUAUGACAACGGAAAUGGGCAUAGAAUCUUAAUUUUUGCUACAAAUGAAGGUCUGUCUUUUUUAUCAUCAUCUAAUAUUAUGGUUCAUGGAUGGCACAUUUAA